CUUCCGUCCAAAACAAAAGCAUUCAUGUCAGCAUAUACUGUAACGUAAAUCUUUAAAAGUCUAUGGACUUCCCGUAAAUAUUAUAAGUUUAUAACAUUAAAAAUGACAUUAGCGUAUGGUAUUGCGUAGCUACAAGCAAGUCACAGUAUUUCCGAGUUCUCGCGGGAUAUCACGUUUCCGGAAAGUACAAGCGAGCUCUAUCCAUGGUUCUGCUACUAUGGCUGAGCAGAAAGAGUCUUGCACCGAGAUCCGAGAACGACAUACGCUGCUGCAGGUUUCAAACUCACAUGCACUUCAGUUGCUGGGUGUUCUUAGGUCUUUUCGGGAGCGAGGCCUUUUAUUUGAUUUCACCAUAAAAGUCCAGGAACACAGUUUCCCCUGCCAUCGCUGUGUUCUUGCAGCAUGCAGCGAUUUCUUCAGGGCCAUGUUUGAGGCGGCUAUGCGAGAAUGUGAUGAUGGUUCAGUAACACUGUGUAACCAGUCUCUGGCUGUGGUGGACUCCUUCCUGGAUUUUGCCUACUCUGGCGAGAUUCUUAUUACAGAAGGAAAUGUAGACUCACUGUUUCAGCUUGCCUCCUUUUUGCAGGUGUCAGUUCUGUCCAAAGCCUGCAGUGACUUCUUGUUAGGAAUGAUAGAUCUUGGUAACUGCCUGUCACUAUUGGCCCUCGCUGAAGCGUAUGGCUCAGACUCCCUCCUCCAAAGUGCCAUGGACUUUGUGGUUCAAAACUUCCAAGACCUUUCCAACACCCAAGACUUCCUGGACAUGCAGGUGAAUGUGUUGGAGGAUUGCCUCAGGUCAGAUGCCCUCUGUGUGCCCAGUGAGGAGGCUGUGGUCAUGUCACUUCUAAAAUGGAUCCACCGAGACAUUCCAGGAAGACAGAAGCUGCUACCCGCAUUGUUAUCUCUGACGAGGCUUCACCAGCUACCACAACAUGCACUUGAGACUCUUCAUGACUCAGAUCUGCUUAGCGGCAAUCAUUCCUGUAUGGCUCUGAUCUCAGCGGCUCAAAAUAGACAGAGUCAGCACUGCGGCCUAUUCACCGAUGCCAGGCCUGCCACCACACAAAGCUACAUUUACAUCCACAAGACGGAGGAGAACGGAGAGAUCCGACACUCUUUCUGCUACUGCCUGGAAACAGACCAGUGGAAGGAACUUGGAAUGGACCAGGCGGAUGGAAUGAGCACAGUGCCAGACCUGCCCGGCUCCCACCUGACUAGCUAUGCCGAGAAGAUGUUUAUCACUGGAGGUUGCCGUGGAAACUGUUUCCGAGCAGUACGAAUCCACGUGGCAGAGCCUUUCCAUGAUGCUACCGAUGAGGUUUGGUGCUUCUCCCCUGUAACUAGAACCUCCACACCGGCUCCAGCGAUGCCCAGACCCCGAACCAUGCACACAGCAGUGGUCUGUAUGGACCGAGUUUAUGUCAUUGGGGGGCGGACGAAGGGAUCCACAGGGGCUUCUCCCAGUCUACUAGAGGUGGAGUAUUAUAACCCAUUGGCCAAGAGCUGGUUUUCAGUCAGUCCACUGCCAACUGCAAUCUUCUAUCCUGAGGCCAGUGCUUGUGGCAGCAUUAUCUACACUUUGGGAUCAGAGGUGGAGAUAACAGACUCCUUCAAUCCCUCACUGGACUGUUUCUUUAGCUAUGACGCCCAACAGGACCAGUGGUGCCGCCUGGUGGCAGAGUUUGGCCAGUUUUUCCAUGCGACGCUAGUCAAGGCCGUGUCAAUUAAUCAAACACUGCACCUCUGUGACCUGUCCACUUACAAGGUGUUCAGUUUCUGCCCACAGACAUGUGUGUGGAAGGGCGAGGGGUCAUUUGAGUGUGCAGGGUUCAACGCUGGAGCAGUUGGUACAAGAGAGAAAAUUUACAUCUUAGGUGGAGACUAUUCCCCUGAUGAGAUUACAGAUGAAGUCCAGGUCUACCAUAGUGACAGGAGUCAAUGGGAGGAAGUGACGCCCAUGCCCAGAGCCCUGACUGAAUUCCACUGCCAGCUCAUCAGCUUUAACAGGCACACAAACCCAUGGAGAGACAUAGAAUGAUGCACACAGGUGGCAAGCAGACUCUACAAUCUUGUAAAAAGCAUAGUCAUCAAUGAUGUUGGAAGCAAAUUGUAACUAACUAACUAACUCUCACAAACACCACAUCCACUCCCAAAGAUCAUCUUCCCACUUUACCAUAAACAAACAACCAUUCACACUCACAUUCACACACAAAUUAGUCUUCGGUGAACCAAAAAUGCAUAUUUUUGGA